AUGGCCCGCCUCAUGUUGCUACUGCUUUCAGCUAUUGCCGCUGUAGGAAUCUCCGCACAGUCAAUGGCCGAUGCAGAAGACGAAGCCCAGAGCAUCGACAGUUUGAGCUGUGUUCUAUAUCGUCUCAACAUGGGCGCCUACGCUAAGAUCAUCCCUAUCCUGAACGAGCUUGCCGAUGAUUUCGCCGAAGAAGGUGUCGAGAUCAGCAAAUUCAAGCCGGCGCUCGAUCCAGAGGACCCAACCAACGUGACAACGGGCAACGAUAUUGAGAACAACGUCGGCAGAGCAACCAACGCAUUGCGUGAUGCAUUUCAAGCGAUUGCUAAUGGUGGUGGGGCCAUCAACCUGUGCGCGGUAGCCCCUCCUAUUGGUAAAGACAUUAGCACGGCAUUGAAGGAGUUGAAGCAGGCUGCUGUUGUGAGUUUUAAAUUCCCCGCUGUCUUUGGUGUCUACACGUAG